CAACCCUGAGCUGUGAGCCACUUGGCUGUGACUAAUAGAAAUAGGAUUAUUACAGGCUACCAUCAUUCAGUGAUACUGUUGCAUUGGGCAAGGCAGCAGCUAGUUAGCAUUCAUCAAUAAGUCAGCAGCUCUAUUUAAAGCAGCUCCUGUGACCAGUGGGAGAGAGUUAGAAAAGAUUUACAACUUGAUGUAAACUCUGCGGUCAUAGCAAUGGAACAACUCAACGAGCGCUACUUUGUGCCUGCUCUUCUCUUGGUGGGAUGGAUCGUGGGCUGUACUGUGGCCGUUUAUUACAUCUUCUCCUGAGGAAUAGGACACAGCAGCAGAAAAACGACAAUCCAUUGCCUGAACAGGCAGCUGUGGAAACAUCGCAGAUGGAUGUGACUACAGUGACAGUUUGAAAAUGUGCCCAUGCCAUUGCAAAUACGACAUUGUAAAUAUACACCCUGGAGAAAUAAUGUGCAAUGCUUCAUGUUUUAAUUGUGUAAGAACCACUGGUAAAGGUUAUUAAAAUGCAUUCUUUGUA